UUCUAUUCAGUUUAAUUUUAUAUGUUUAAAAUUUUCCCUAAUAAAAAGUUUAAAAAGAAAGUGACAUUUAAAUGGCCCAUUUCCUAUUUUAGAAAGAGAGACCAAGCAUCAGAUUAGGAAAUUGGCUCCAAACCAGAAAGUACCCGAAGGAAUGGCAUCACAGAAGAUGAUACUCAACAGAAUCUACAGAGGCAGGAACAUUUUCCAGGGUACUCAUUUUGGAGACCUUUGUAAAUGCAAGGACAGGUUUGGAAGGCAUCAAGGAAAUUCAGAAGAAGGAAAAGAACACAGAUGUGAUCACUGUGGGAAAAGCUUCAUGCACAGCAUCAGUCUUAUUGGACAUCAGAGAAUCCACACAGGGGAAAAACCCUUUCAGUGUAAAGAGUGUGGGAGAGCCUUCAGUCAAAACACAACCCUUUUUAAACACCUUAUAAUUCAUACUGGUGAAAAACCUUAUCAGUGUAAUCAGUGUGGUAAAAGUUUUAGUCGAGACUCAGUCCUUAUUAAACAUCAGAGAAAUCGCACUGGGGAGGGACCUUUUGAGUGUAAUGAAUGUGGUAAAACCUUCAGUAACAGCACAGAUUCUCAGCAUCAGAGAUACCAUACCUUAAUAAAAUGUUACCAGUGCAAUGUCUGUGGGAAGGCUUUCAGGGAAAGUUCAAACCUCACUAAACAUCAGCGAAUUCAUACAGGAGAGAAACCCUAUGAAUGUGAUGAAUGUGGAAAAGCCUUCAGUGGAAGUUCUGAGCUUACUAGAUAUCACAGAAUCCACGCGGGGGAGAAGCGCUACGAAUGUGACGAGUGUGGGAAGGCCUUCCGUCUGAGCUCACAUCUCACUCAACACCAGAGAAUCCACAGCAAAGAAAAGCCCUACAUGUGUAAUAAAUGUGGAAGAUCCUUCAAACAGAAGUCAGGUCUCUUUCAACACAAAAAAUCCCACAACUAAUCAAAAUCACAUUGCCUUAAGUAUUAUGGUAAAAAUGUUAAGCAGCAUUUGUUCCUUGCAGAAUUCAGAGAAGCCACAUGAGCACUCUCAGUAUCUAUCACCAUCUCAAUCUCUUCUGACACCAAAGUAUCCUCAGACUAGAUUCUCUCUAUCUCAGAGUAAGCUAAGUCAGAUUUUCUGUUUCUAGGCCUCAGGGCUGGCUAGUUAAAAAUGUAAAGCUUCGGAAUGGCUGGUUUCAUCCUAUUCACAAUUAAAUUUACAUAAAAAUGCACGCCCGAACCCAGAGUUGAAAGUACUGUAACAUUUCUCAAGUGAAUGGUCAAGUUUAGGCAUUGCUUUUCUUCCUCACUUUUUCCUCCUUUGCUUUAUAUAUUGGUGGUGAUCAACACCUUAGUAACUUAUUAGAUGUUGCUUUAAAAGGGGGUUGACGUGGGGAGAGGAAGGAGAAGUAGGUUCUAGGUUCUAGUACUCACUCUACCUCUGUGUGACCUUAGGUGAGUCACCCACACAUUCUAGGCCUUGGAUUCCCCAUCUGUGAAUUAUGGGAUUAGAAUAUGUAAUCUCUCGAAGGUCCCUUCCAGCUCUAUAGUUAAGUGAUUUUUGUGAAUGCCAUCAAGCCUCUAUAUUUAAUUCCUCUGCCUGACAUUCAAGAGCCACCUCCACAAAUAUGUCCAGUAUUUCCAACGUUAUUUUCCUUUACUGUCCUACAGGAGCUCUCUGCUCCUAUUAUACACCUCUCACUUUCCCCAGGCACCCCAAGUACACUGAAGCUUCCGUGUCUUUGUCUUCCAUUCUUUCCCUUUCAUGCCCUGAAUGCCCUCUUUAUCUUCAUUGUUUCCCCAACUAAAUUAUAUAUAUUUCACUGUAAGCCCACUUAGAAUAAACAAGCUUUCUGAGUGCUAAACCUCCUUAGGUUGUGUAGCAGUACUCCUUAACAUGUGACUUAAAAAUGGGCUUGGGUAGGGCCGGCUCCGUGGCCGAGUGGUUAAGUUCACGCGCUCCACUGCGGCGGCCCAGGGUUCGGA